AUGUACAAGUUCGUCGCUCUGUUCGCCGGGCUGCUGGCCUGCACCGCAGCUGCGCCAGGUUACAUCGCGCCAGGCCUCCACGCGGCGCCGGUCGUCGCGGCGCCGGUCGCGAUCGCCCACACCGUCCCGGUCGCCACCAGCUACGCCAACACCUACAAGGUCUCCGUGAAGAGCCCGCUGGUGGCAGCAGCUUACGCCACGCCGAUCGUCAAGGCCGCGCCGGUCGUCGCCGCACCGGUCGUCGCUCACGCACCGGUCGUCGCUCACGCACCCGUCGUCGCUCACGCACCGCUCGCCUACGCCGCCCACGCACCCGUCGUCGCUCUUCACUGA